AUGUUUUGGUGUUAUUCAAUUUGCCGGAUCGGUGCCAUGACUAUUGAUCGAAUUGCAAGCAGGUUAGUUGGGCAUAAUGCAUUAAAUCGCAAGUUUUCAGGAUCAGCACGUCGCAGCAUCAUGGAGUUAAGGGCACACCAGUUUGAGUCUGGCGAUGAGUCUGGAAAUGGCCUGCUCUCGCGGCAAGAGCUGGUCGACUGCCUCAAAGGACUUGAGGGCAUCGAAGAAGUGAUGCACAAGGGACAUCCUGUGAGUGAGGAGGACUUGCACGAGCUUGCCCUGAAGCUGGACCAGCUCAGCGGCCGAGAAACUGGCCAGGUGAACCUCUUCAGUUUCUUGGAGGCCUUCGUCGUGGAGCGACCACCUGGGCAGGAGUUUGAUGCUGCAGAGGAAUUCAUGUGUGAGCAUAUCCUCAGCUUCCUGUGUACCGCAACAGGCAUGCUGUUUGUUGUGGCUGCCACGAGGCGCUUUGUGGGAGCUGUGGGUCGCUGGCAUGAAUUUGUGUUGCCAUUGACUGGCCAAGUAGGCGACUACCAACUACGCCUACCUUUUGCAGCUGAGGAAGCACUGGGUGAAGAGGAUGGCACCUUUUCUUACUUCGAGCUCGAGUUUCAUUCCUAUCGGAAAAGGCGCAUGGUGAGGCUAACCUUGCGAGCCUGGCUCUUUUCACUGCCGGCGAAAUGCCAGAAGUGCGUCAGUGGCCACAGGAUCUCGCCGCUCUCAACCUUAGAUCGAGUCCGUGACUUUCUCGAUCGGGCUGGCUUUGAGGGCCCUGAAGAGUUGCCGCGCCCGCCACCUCCCCCCAAACCCGUUUGGCACGAGUAUGAGGAGGAUGACUAUGACUAUGACUACUACCAGACUUGGGAUGAGGAUGAGGAAGAUGAAAGAUACUUUACUGAAAGGGAGGGCCGAUUUGAACUAUUUUCUCAUAGCUCAGAUGAUGAAGACAACCAAUCGCAGGUUAGCUACUUGCCGCCACCCCCUAUGCCGGGUGACUUUGCUCUACCACCUCCGCCACCUGCCGUUCCCAAAGGGCCUGAGUUUGUGAUGGCCGUCCAUAGGCUUAAGCAUGUGAAAGCGGCGGAUGGAAGUAGCGUCACAGACUCACCGGAGGAGCUUGCUGCUUGGAAAGCCAUGCGGAAAGCCAAUUUUCCCAGCAAAGGCAACUUGCAGAGGAAGGCAGAGAUGGAGGAGAAACGGCGAUUGUCGGGUGCUCUUCCUGAUCCACCUAAGGUCAGCAUGCUGGAAAAGCUUUUGCGUCGCACCCAUGGUGUGGAAAGAAGUGGAAAGGGCUUUGGGUACAAAGGCUGUGGCAAGAAGGGAAAGUUCAAGGGAAAGGGCAAGGAAUGGAAAGGAAAGGAUGGGAAGGGUAAGGAGUGGAAAGGAAAAGAUGGAAAAGGAAAGGGCAAAUUUUCGGGCAAGAAAGGAAAAGGCAAGAAUAGGUGGACACUGGAUCAUGAUGGGGAUCAAGAGAGGCAUCACAAUCACCCUACCUACGCUGUGCCUUUGCCAUCUGUGGUGGCCAAUUGCGUGCCUUUGGAGGCGCCCUUUGGUAUUCAGCACCAUGUCAAUGUGGCACCAACACAGCAGUUCAAAUGGGGUCUUUGCCGCUUUUUUGAGCGUGGCUUUUGCUUUCAUGGAGAGAACUGCCAGUAUGAACACAGCGGAGCAAGCGCACAGCAAGUCAUUAGCAGCACUGCCUGGUGGGCGCUUCCCUCCUCCCUGGCGAACCGUGCCGGACGACCAGGCGAGGGUCCAGCUGGUGGCGUCUUCGGGUCUCUUCGUUCUCGGCAGCUUCGCCCUACUCGCGUUGAACCCUAUGUGGUUAGGGAUCCACGAGAACGGAGGGAUGGGCUGCUGAGAAGGCUUCUACAACCUGACGUGGAGAGGUACUAUUCCGCUAUCCUGCAGUGUGUGCGCUACAUUGUCUCCACUGAUUUCUUGCGUUUGGAAAGGCCUCACAUCGAGGGCCAGCCUGAGGUUCAACCGCAGCCACCUGUCUUGAAUAGCAAUAUCGCGAUAUUACAUUCAAACCAUUCGUGUUGCAAGAGUUUCACCAGUGCUUUCUCAGGAAUUGAGGUCAUAGAGGCCUCUGCACCGCACCUGUCCAUUCCGGCGGUGGGUCCUUGUGUUCUGUUGGGUGUGCAUUUCCUCCAGAAGGACAUUGUUAAACAAGAACUGCGCUCGAAAGGAAACGUCCCAAUGGUCCCAAUCCGCACCUGA